CUCCUCCUGACGGCGCAAGCCACAAACAAAAGGUAAACAGCUGAAGCCGCUGUCUGAGAUCUCACCGUCCUCCUUAUAAACCCGGCCAAGCCUCGCAUCUCGAUUCACCUGCAGCCCGUCGUCUCUUCACCGCUGCCGCCUGUCAUGGAGGAAUCAGUCACUGACGCAGCUGCCCGUCCGCUGCGCAUUCUCGCUAUCGCGUCUUUCGUCCCGUCCUUCGCGCUGUGCAUCGCCCACGGCGUCUUGUCGCAUAAGCCUGUUCCGGCUGUUGGUCUGAUUCCGCAGGCCUUUUCUGUUGCUACUUCGAUCGCGCUGCUACGCACUGCUAGAAGCCACAGCCGGGAUGCCGACGUCGAGUCUGUUGGGUCUGCGCAGCAUGGCGCCUUUUCCCUCCGCGCUUUCUUGACGCAUCCCAUCGUUGUGUUUCUCCACGACAUCAUACUUGCUGCAGCUUUGAUGAUCGUCCUCGUCUUUACAUGGACCCACCACGGCCGCUCAGCUUCGCUUAGUAUGCUGGCUGCCUAUGCGACUCUGCCUAUCCUGACAAGCUUCUUCUGCCAUCUCCUUGCUGCGACUCGGGCCGUCUACCAAGGGCUCGCUAUUCACGGCUACUUACAGUGGGUUGCCUGGCAAAUCCUUCCUCCAGAUUGUCCAAACUGCGAACACCACCUACGGCCUUCUUCGCUGCCUGAGAUCCCCUGGCUCCAGAGUAUUAAGAGUUUGAACUUGGGUCUAAGAUAUCCGUGGCACCGCAGUGAUGCUCCCUUGCUAGCUCCCUCCACUUAUCUGGACGUGGACGAUCCUGAACGCUACCGCGAUGAUCCUGAAGACGAUGGAUCUACCCCACAGCCAGUGGCCGUUGAGGUGCGAUCGAAGCGGAACCGUAAGAACAACGCCACUCCUUCACCACCCAACGAAGCCUCAGAAGCCGACUUGCUCGGGGACUCGUCUACGAGAGAUGACUAACUGGAUAAAGGUCAACUGUUUUAACACUAUGAGAAAAAUCCGUUACAUCAUAAAUACUACGACUAGAAAUGCAGGGGCCGGGUCUUUAUCAUCAUGAUUCCACUUGCGUCUUUCUUCACAAAGUCUUUUCUUUCGUUUGAAUGGGGUUCUUUUGGAGGUGUAGUUCAUCAAAGUUGUCAUUAUCGCUAGAUUAGCCACUGUCAUUAUAUCAUAGACCAUGAUCAUUCUGAAUACUACAUGAUAUCCACCUCUUUCUAGAGGCCGACG